AUGUGUUCACCAAACUCUUGUCUUUUGUGGUCAUCUUUAUUGUAUUUCCAGGCUCGGGAUGAUUUCCAAAUGACAUUGCUGCGAGUUCUAGAGGCAGCUAUGGAAGAGUUUUCUGUUAUACUUACGGAACACAAAAUAUUUACAAGUCGAUUCCUUCCGACCUUAUUCAUCUUAUACAAGGGCAAUAAAGACUGUCAUGCCAGAUUCCUAUGUUUGAAUAUACUGUCUGAUGUGAUGAUUGUGAUCUUCAGUGAUUCUUCAUUGACUGCAAACGAACAAACGUUAGCUGACCUGAUAACAAUCUCUGACAAAUAUUUUCUCCCUCUGUACCCUUCAUUUGCAGAGGAUGAAGAUCCAAUACCUAUGUAUGCACAGAAACUUCUAGUAAUGCUGAUGGAGCAUGAUUGUGUUAAGGUAUCUGAUAUCCUGAAUGAAGCGACAGUAUCCCAGUGCUUUGAACUUUUGCUUGGAGAUCUUUCAAAUGCAAACGUAAGCAAUUUGAAGCUUUGUUUUGCUCUAGCGUCUGCUCCUGACAUGGACUCCAAUGUCCUUUCACAGCUUCAAGUUGUCAGAAGAAUAGGGAAUCUAGUUGAGUUUGUGACUGCCAAAGAUAUGGAUGAUUUUCUGGAACCAACCUUGGACCUCUGCAGGUCUUUCAUUAUCCGUGGCAUCGGCAGCAACAGAAGUACCGCCCUUACCAAAGAACCUGCACUCCUUGUUGACAGCGCCUUCAGCAUGAGCAUUGCUGUUGAUCAACAAUCUUGCAUCAUGGAUAUAUGUGACCUCGGUGGCAGUAUGGGUAUAUUUCUCGAGGUGUUUAGAAAUUCAGAUCCACAGAUAAGCGAUUUGGCGUCAGAUUGCGUGGUGUUGCUGCUCAAGGCAGCACCUCGAGAGGCCACGAUGGGCUUGCUGGCAAAUCUUCCUAAACUGAGCGCUCUUUUGGACUCGUUGAAGCAUGGUGUCUCCCUCCAGCUGACUCUCCUACUAUACUGCCUAGCAUUCUCUUGCAGGCAGUAUCUAGCCCAAGGAAUGAUACUCUCAAUGUCGGUGCCAGCUCUGAUGCAAGUAGAAGCGCUUGUCUCUGGCUUUCAAGGGCUCACAUGA